AUGUAUGCUCAGCUCUGGGAUCGUCACCUUCUUUCACCACCGCGAUCUCCACGUUUUCAACGAGUUCACAAACGAAGUUAUGAUGUUCGCGGACGGGCGAGGCCAAGUGGAACGAUGACGGUGCCAGCAGGGUAUCAAAGGGUCGAUUCGGAUCCCACAAUCUCCGAUCAUCCAAAUCACAAUUGCAAUGAAGGUGUUUCCUAUCAAGAUGGCCCGCCAGCCUACAUGGAUGUGGAGAGUGGAGACGAUGAGUUGGGAGAGUUGGAACGAGAAGAACUUGCCGAUCGCCUUGGGGACAUCCCAUCGACGUUUAUGCGACGAGCAAGACGGAAUCAACAGAGUGACUUCUAUUCGAGUGCCGUUUUCGACUCGAUGGCCUCACGGCACAAUUCGGACAAUUGGGAGACGACUCAUCUGCUCUCGUGCUCGCAACACACACAUACCAGCGCUCACGAUGAAGGCGAUGAAGAGGAUUCAAAAGAUGAAGAAGAAGACGAAGAAGAGGAAAGGGGUGGUAUCAAAAAGUAUGCGAAGUUGAUUCUGCCACAUGUGGGCUUGGUGGUGUUAACAUGCAUCUACACAACUCUUGGUGCAUUGCUCUUUUGGAACUGCGAACAACCGUAUGAGAUGUCGACAAAAAGGGAACAGCUCAACGAGAUCUAUGCACGACAGGACGAGUUCGUUGAGUCACUCGUUCGAAUGGCGGCGCUGAAUCGAACAUCCCGUGCCGAUUGGGAGUUGGCCGCUCGUGAGCACAUGCACACCCUCUCCGAUCAGCUUUUCACCGCGUUUGAGAAAUAUUUCCUCACCAGUCAUGAAGUUCGCCACAACGCUACCUCAGAGAUUUGGACCUUCUCGACGUCGCUAUUUUUCGCUGUCACCGUUGUCACAACAAUAGGUUACGGGAAUCCUGUGCCAAUCACGAUGAUGGGAAGAAUUGGGUGUAUCGUUUUUUCCCUACUCGGAAUCCCGCUCACUCUUGUCACAAUUGCAGAUCUUGGAAAAUUUCUUUCCGAAAAUCUCAUCUGGCUCUACACAAAUUAUCAAAAGUUGAAAACGUAUCUCUGCAGACGGCACGAUCAUCGAAAAGAUAGAAAUGAUCACGUUUGUCAGCAUUGUCAGAGUCGAGGUCUUGGACCAAAUGUUCAUUUCUUGGAAGGACCAAGAAUACCAGCCGUGCUCGUCUUAGUAAUCCUUUUACUCUACACGGCUCUCGGCGGUGUGCUAAUGCGCGCGCUCGAGAAUUGGACUUUCUUCACCGCAUUUUAUUGGUCUUUCAUCACGAUGACUACGGUUGGUUUCGGUGAUCUGAUGCCAAAGCGAGACGAGUACAUGUAUAUUAUCCUCUUGUACAUCAUAUUAGGUCUUGCCAUUACCACAAUGUGUAUCGAUCUAGUCGGCGUUCAGUACAUUCGAAAGAUUCACUAUUUCGGUCGAAAGAUUCAAGACGCUCGAUCAGCACUCGCAGUCGUUGGUGGCAAGGUGGUGCUCGUCUCGGAGCUCUACGCAAAUCUCAUGCAGAAACGUGCUCGACAAAACGCUCGUGAGGCGUAUAUUAUCGAGAAUAUGUACAUCUCGAAGCACAUCAUCCCAUUUAUUCCCACUGAUAUUCGGUGGAUUCGAUACAUCGAUCAGCCACCGGGCAGUCGGUCGCCGUCGACCGGAUCGAUCUCCGAGUUGCACUCAUGUCGGUUCUGUCAUUCCCGCUAUCAGUGGAACGAUAAUGAUCGC